AUUGCUGGAAACUGAAAAUGAGCAGCUGCAGCACCAACUCCGGGAGCUGGUAGAUGAGAAUGGCCGGCUGUACAAACUCUUGAAGGAAAGAGAUUUGGAAAUAAAGCAGCUCCAUAGGAAGAUUGAGGAGGAACGGCUGGCUCUACUGGGUACCACUGGUUUAUCGGGGGAUGUCGCAGCUUCUAAAAUUGUGGAGCUGGCCAAGCACAACCGGCACAUGACAGCUGAGAUGGAGAGGGAGAAAACCAGAACGAAGCAGCUGAACAAUCGGGUCAAACAGCUGGAAAAAGAUCUACAAAUGUCAACCGUUAAGUUGCAAUCCCACGGUGACAGCCCAGCUCUCCGUAAAAAGUCAGACGGCACGAUGAGCCCCGAAGUGAAAGCAUUGCACGAAAAAUUGUCUGCUGUGAAUCUCAAAGCAUCCGAAUAUCGCAACCAGCUCCAGUCCACAAAGCAGGAACUCAAGAUGACGCAAAAGCUUCUCAGCCACGAAGUGGGCGAAGACGUCAGUGUACAAAACCUUUUGUCCAACCCGGGCAGCUGGCGAGGACGGGCUCAGCAGAUCCUUGUCCUGCAAGGCAAAGUCCGGGAAUUAGAAACCCAGCUGAAUUGUCACAAAAGCAAAUUAUCCGAGAAUGAUGCCAACGAAGACCCGCUAAGCUUCAGCGACUCCAGGAAGUCCUCAGCCCAAGUCAAGAACCAGCUGCGGAUUCGAACUUUGGAAAGGGAGAAGAAAGAAGCUUUGGAUAAGCUCAUGAACCAGUACCAAGUCCUUCAGAAGGACCACGAAGACGUGAAGAAGAAGCUGGAGGGGUCGAAAGCCAGGAACAAGGUCUUGUCCAACGAGGUGAAGACCCUGAAGGAGCAAAUUUCCACUCUGAUGGAGAAGGGGAAGCACGACAACGAGCUCGUGGACGCUCUCAUGUGCCAGCAGAAAGAAAUGCAAGGCAUUUUAAAAAAUCUGAGUCAGCAAGAAGACAGGAACCUGGAAGGCGAGAGGGCCCUGGCGAAGAAGCUGAACGUCGAGAUCCAGAAGCAAAACUGCCUUAUCGAGCAGCUCAAGCAGAUGGUGGCCGAGCGAGAAGCUCAGGUGAAAGAGCUGGAAGAAGAAGUCAGGCAGCUGAGGUUGCAGCAGCAAAACCUACCCCUCCAAGAGGAAGGUGGAUUAGAUUCAGGCUCUAUUGUGUCUGCAGAGUCUUUAGAAGAGGAAAAUCAGAAUUUAGCAUCCCAGAAGGAAGACUACAGCAGAAACGAAAGCUCCGCACGGACAGUGUCGAACAUGGGACACACCCUUGUGGACUCCGCAGCGACGUCAUUUCCAGCAACUCCUGCGAGGGCAUCAGAGCAGGACGAGGUUGGUUUCAGGACCCUUCAGUCGCAGAUCACCAAAUACAAAACUCUGUGUCAAGCAUCAGAAGUGGAGCGUGACCGUUUGAUAGAGCUGGUUAGCAUCCUACAGAAAAGGGUGGACGAAAGCAUCACGAAAGUUUGGGAAACGGAGAAGAAAUUUCAGGAACAACAAUACAAGUACGUCGCUCUUGAGCAGCAGUUCGCAAAGUUGAAGAUGGAAUCCGGGAAGGCGGCGGUGGCCCCCAAGGCUCACCCCAAAACCAAAGCAGCUCCGCCACUCAGCAGCGCCAAAAUGAGCUGGAACGCCGGGGAUAAGAAAGAUCUGCCAUCCGUCCAAUUUUCCGAAGUGCCUCUGGAGUCUCAGUUAGAGGAACUCUCCACACAGCUGGCGAUCCAGAUGGACGAGAUCGAAGGCCUGAAGAGCGCUUUGCAAGAAUCCAUCCGGACCAAAGAGGAAGACUUCCGGGUGUACCAGGACACCGUGGGGCAGGUGAAGGAGAUCUUCCUGCACGCUCUGAAGCAGCACACGCAGGAGAAGAACUGAGCCGAUCCCAGUGGUGGGAGGGGGUUAUUCCCGCUGUCCAGAAGUGGUCCCUCCGAGGUGACUCUCGUUUAAAUACUUGCAGGAGGGCGCAGAAGAUACAGUAGACGCUGGUCCUGUAGAAGAUGCGGGUGGUGCCCAGCUAGAGGGACCCAGGGGCCAGCUCCUCUCGUCCAUAAUGAUGUAUUCAUAGCCAUAUACACCGGAUCGGUAAUCUGGCACUCGUUCUGAACGAGUCCAGAAUCCGUAAGUGGGAAGGAUUUGCUUGAGUAGAAACCAACUUUGGAUCAACUUUGACAUCCCUUGCCAAACAAAAACCUGUUUAAAAACUUUUCCAGUGUAAAUACAGACCCCGGCAAGACCCGGAUUAAGGAUAA